AUGUGGGGGGAAAAUACCUCACCGCCUGCUGAUGAUUUCUUUUUCUUGGAGCCGAUUCAGCAUUAUCUCCUUGAAGAUAAUUUUGGAAAUCUAAUGAAUUCCUUUGAUGAUUCGAUCCAUAAACCUUUCAAAUUUGACGAUCUCGACGAUUUUACUCUUGAUUGUAGUAUUUUAGGUGAUUAUGAAUCCAACAGCCAAUUUGAUUUUACAGUUCCAGAAACAACGAUGGCCGCGCCUGUUGAAUCAAAAUCUCAGGAUGCUGCCACUAGUUCUGAAGAGGUUGAAAUCCUAAUAAAUUCCUUUAACAAUUCGAGCUCUACUAGUUCUACUCUCAUCUUCACCGAUAACACCUCAAAUUAUUCACCUUUCAACAUUGACGAUCUCGAUGAUUUUACUAUUGACAGUAGCAUUUUUGGUGAUUCUGAAUUCAUCAGUCAGUUUGAUUUUCCGGUUGCAGAAACAACGAUGCCAACCGUUGAACAGAAAUCUCAGGAGGCGGCCGCUAGUUUUGAAGAAGCUGUAGUGACGCAUAACAGCAACACGCCGUCUAAAGGGUGGCAAUAUACGGGUGUAAGGAGAAGGCCGUGGGGGAAGUAUGCAGCGGAGAUUAGGGAUCCUAAGAAAAAUGGCUCGAGAAUUUGGCUUGGUACUUACGAGACGCCAGAGGAUGCGGCUCUAGCUUAUGACCGAGCAGCUUUUAAGAUGCGUGGCUCGAAAGCCAAGCUAAAUUUUCCUCAUUUGAUAGGCUCCGACGAUUAUGAGCCAAUUAGAGUGACUAACAAACGCGGCUCGCCAGAGCGAUCGUCUUCGUCUUAAAGUUCAACAUCGUUUUUAUCAGACUUGGAUUGUAGUUCUCAUCAGCCAAAGCGGAGAAAUAAAGGAUUUGAAUCAGUGGCUGCUAGUGUUUGCUCAGAAAGCAACCUUGAAAAUGGGAUUGCGGGUGUGUCAAGUACAGAGUAUAUCGACUACUCAGAAUUGAGUGCCCUAAUCUGAUUUGUGAUCAAAAAGAUUGUGAGACUGAGAACUAACUAGACAGUCUCUCAAAAAGAUUUUGAGAGGCGUUGUAAAUUAAAUGUGCAAAAAAAAUAAAGAGAGUUUUGAAAAAUAGAUUGUUGUGAAAU